AUUAUUCGAAUUCACGCUCAUUUCGCCCUCACUACAGUCGAUGUUUGUUCAUCUUUCAGUUCCACGGCGCUCUCACUGUCAAGCGAAAAUAUUGUGCCUUUUUCGUGUUUUGUGACGUAACCAUCUGCUGCUGGAUAUCGGGAUUUCUCGCUAACGAUACCGUGACUCAUCGUGACACGACGCUGCGUAUAUAGAAGUGCCAUCUGCGAGUAGUGAAGACGAUCGAUUUGUAUCAUCCACCGGCGUUUGAAACAAACAUAGGAUUAAAGCUAGAAGCGUCAACAGCAUGCAUCUGUGCGUGAUUGGAGCCGGAGUGGUCGGACUGACCACGGCACUGGAAUUGCAACGCGAAUUUCGCAACGCCAAUGUAACCAUUCUGGCCGACCGUUUCGAGCAGGACACGUGCAGUGACGUGGCAGCUGGGUUGUUCCGACCCGGAACGAGUUUUUCCGGCCCGACGGAGGAAAUUACGAGGAAAUGGAUUUCUGAUGCGUACCUCUACUGGGACGAGAUUCGCAAAACGGCCGACGCUUCCGAAGCCGGUGUGGCUCAGCUUUCCGCGUACAUCUUUUCCAGCACGGAUCCAGCGAUUGUGAGGAACCGUUACAUCGAAGAUAUCCUUCCCGUGUAUCGUGCUGCUACAGAGCAAGAGCUCACACUUUGUCCUGGAGACUGGAAGUACGGUUCCUUCUAUACGACUGUCUUGACCGAGUGCAGACUCUUCCAACCAUGGGCAACGAAAAAAUUCCUCCGCAACGGUGGUAGCAUCAUUACGAAGAAGGUCGACUCCUUCCAGGAAGUUGCCGGUCAGUACGAUGCGGUAGUGAACUGUACCGGUAUGGGUGCGAAGAAGCUCUGCACCGACUACAAGCUGGUGCCAAUCCGUGGCCAGGUGAUCAAGGUGAAAGCCCCGUGGGUGAAGACGGCCUUCUACGCCGAUUACGACACCUACAUCAUUCCCGGCUUCCAGGGCGUUACUCUUGGCGGGUGCAGAAACUACGACAGCUACAAUACGGAAGUAUGCAAACACGACUCGGCGGCCAUCCGGGAACGGUGUGAGGCAUUGUUGCCCAGUUUGAAGGGGGCACCGGUCAUCCGGGAAGCGGUUGGCUUGCGUCCUCAUCGUGACCCUGUCCGCGUGGAGCCGGAAAUGCUGAAUCUGGUUGGUGGACGUGUGAAGGUGGUACACAACUAUGGACAUGGUGGGUAUGGUGUGACUACUUCGCCAGGAACGGCUAUUUAUGCCACGAAAUUGGUGAAAGAUAUGCUCAAGAGCAAUAGCAAGUUGUAAAAGGUGAAAGCACAUGAAGGAUUUAUUAAAACAUGUGUGGUAUUUUGUGUAAAUAAAAGUAAU